AUGGGUAAGAAGCGAUCCAGAGAAGUCGACGGCAAGGACCCCGUCGAGGCGGAUCCCAACGUCGACAAGAUGGAUGAGGAUGACGAGGAGGACUUUGACGUAGUAAACGUGGACUUUGAGUGGUUCAACUUCGACAACGACAUCGACUUCGAGGGUACCAAGGGCCUGUUGCGACAAUUAUUCGACGUGGACGCGAAUCUCUUCAACAUGUCUGCAUUGACGGACCUCAUCCUCUCGCAACCUACAAUUGGCUCGACGGUCAAGGUCGAUGGAAAGUCUACCGACGCAUACGCACUUUGCACAGUCCUCAACCUAGCCGAGCAUGCGCAAAAAGAGCCUAUCGAGGCUAUCUCCAAGUAUCUUGUGCAAAAGGCUCGGACCAAUGAGUCGCUCUCGGCGAUUCCGCCUCUGAUUGAGGGCAAGAAUCAGGUCGGCCUUGUCUUCUCCGAACGUCUGAUCAACGUCCCAGGUGAGAUUGCGCCACCGCUGCACUCCAUGCUCAUCGACGAGGUGGAAGCUGCCGUCGAGGACAAGGAGCCCUACGAGUUUACACACUACCUCAUCCUCUCCAAGACGUACCAAGAGGUCGAGUCAGUACUGGAUGUGGAAGACCGCAAAAAGAAGAAGGCAAAGGAGCAAGCCUCAGUAUAUCCAUUCCACCCAGAGGACGAGGUCUUCCAGAGAUACGCCACUGCGUAUGGCAGCUUCGAAUACACCAAGCAAGACGAUGCCGUGGCAGACAGCAAGCGCGCGUUCCAGGAGAUGGGCAUCAAAACGUUUGGGCACAUGAUGCUGAUCGAGGCAAGCAAAUAUCCGGAGGCGGUUGAAGCUGUCAAGAAGUAUCUAAGUCCGCCAUCGUGA